CAGCUACCGCAUUACCCACUGCCGCCGCGCGCGCGACCACGCGCCCGCUGCACCUCGCGGCUCGCUCCGCUCCUGUGACGCUCCGCUCUAUCCCGACUCUACACCGCAAUCGAUAUUCGCGGACUCGCGGCUACCCACCGUGCACCGUCGCGAGUGCAUCCCGUGCUACGCUCGCUGGCUCUCGCUCGGCCCGGGGAUGCACCGCGGCUUCGUCGACUCGCGCCCUCAAUAGUGCCACCGCGCGACAAACAUGCAACUGUGAAGUGUGUGCGGACAGUGACACAGACAUUAAACUAACCGUGAUCGUUUACAAGUUUUCUGGCGACUUACACAGAACGAGAUGACUUCCCAGUUCGCCUUCCGAGGAUCUCCCCCCAAUCAGAGCACCAUCUCGACAGCCUCCAACAGUCCGCCGCCGGCGCAGGCGGGAAUGAGCGCGGGCGCGGGCGGCGCGAGUGCCGCGGCCCGGCCCAGCUCGCCUGCCGCCGCAGCCCCGCGCUGCUGCGACACGGGCCGCCCUAUAUUCCAGGAUCCUAUCACCGGACAAACAGUUUGCUCGUGUCAAUACGAGUUUCUCAACUACCAGAGGCUCGCUUCCGGCGUGCCCCUGUCUAUGUACAGUGCCCCUUACUCUGACGCCGCAGCGGCUACAGCUGCCGGUAUGGCGGCGUAUUUUCCUGCUUUAGCAGCUGAUCAACCACCCUUUUAUACAAAUGCUGCUGCAGGAAUCGAACUCAAAGAAAACCUUGCCGCAAGCGCUGCUACCUGGCCAUACCCGACUGUUUACCAUCCUUAUGAUGCAGCCUUUGCCGGAUACCCCUUCAACGGGUAUGGAAUGGACCUAAAUGGCGCAAGAAGAAAAAACGCAACUAGAGAGACAACGAGCACCUUGAAAGCGUGGCUGAACGAGCACAAGAAGAACCCGUACCCUACGAAGGGGGAGAAGAUAAUGUUGGCGAUCAUCACCAAGAUGACGCUGACGCAGGUGUCGACGUGGUUCGCGAAUGCACGUCGCCGGCUCAAGAAGGAAAACAAGAUGACGUGGGAGCCGAGAAACAGGGUUGAUGAUGAUGACAAUAAUAAUGACGAUGAUGACCAUAAAAGCAACGAUGGAAAAGAUGGACUAGAUGGAAAAGACUCAGGAACCGGCUCCAGUGAAGACGGCGAUAGACCUCAGCAAAGAUUAGAUAUGCUUGGGCAAAGAACAGAAUCAGAAUGGUCCGAAUCACGCGCUGAUAGUGGUCCCGAAUCACCUGAACCUUAUGAAAGACCCAUUCACCCAGCCUAUCAGCAUUUACCUUCCCGUGCGCCACCCGGCAGUACUCCAGCGUCAGCUAAGCCUAGAAUAUGGUCCCUAGCGGACAUGGCAAGCAAAGAGGGCGAAGCGCCGGCACCACCAUCACCAGCAUCCGCAUUUUAUCAGUCUGCAGCCGCCGCUGCAGCAGCUCGCCUCGCUCAUCCUUACAGCCGACCCGAGUUGUAUCGAGGCUUGUAUCCUCCGACUCACCCGGCGGACGUGGCCCUCCUCGAGUACUCUCGUUCGCUAGCGCUUGCUGCGCCCGCCCCCGCACCUCCAGCUCCCUCGCCGUCCUCAUCGUCCACGUCGUCGCUGGCAGAGCCACCUCCCCCACCUCGGGCCUGACCACAAGCCCCACGCCCGCCGUUGGCGCAUCGACAAUAAUUUCGAUCUCCCCUGAAAGUGCCGCGAGAGGGCACUCAGCCUGUAAAUAGCGAUAGACUAAUAUAAAUAUGUAUACAUACGUAUAAAUACGUGAUAAUAAUGAUUAUGCACCGGUAGAGAAGCUUAGAUUUGUGAUAGUGGACACAUGCGAGCGGUGCGCCACCUGCCGCCGCCCGCGCCGUGAGGUUGACAACUCGCAAACGACGUCGACGCAGCGCCCGCGCCGACCGACCGACAAUACUAGGUGCUAUACAAGUUGGACCUUGCGACAUGUUGCUGUAGUUAUUAUUGGAGGUGGUUAAACGAAGUGAUUUCAUUCAAAAAUAGGUAUUAAUAUGUGUUAAGUUUCUUAUACAUAGAUAAACAACACUGUUUUAGAUUAUUAUUUGUAUGUAGUGUAAAUUAUUAUUUCAAAUAUUCUACUUAUAUUUAGUGCCUAAUUACGUCCAGUGUUUUCUAUUGUUUGAUAGUUUCUUAAAAUAUCUAACAUUCGAAUUUUAAUAUUUAUUGAUACGAGGUCAGUAGUAUAACGAGUCGUUAAUAUAAGAUUUUUUUAUCUACAAUACUUAUAUCAAUAAUUUAUAUCAGAUUUGGUGAGGAUUUCAGAAAGUCUGUAUAGCUUUUUCUAGUCAAGAGACUAUGAUUGUCUGUGUUAAACAUAAAUGAAAUUACAUACCUAUGUCUAGUAAUCACCUUUAGUUACUAAUGAAUUCCUCUUUGGUAGGGCUGGCAUGGGCAAGUAUCAGUCAUCAAUGUCCACUUACCCUUGUGAGAUCGCACAGGUUUGUCACAUCGGCAUUUACUAGGUUUUCUUGCGCCGUGGGCCGUGUUGUACAGUAGCCCCGGUUCAAAAGAGCCUAUUAUCUGUGUUAUAAUUCAUAGGUAAUAGGCACCUAAAGUUAGAAACUUCGAACCAUGUGGGACCAACGAAACGUGAAAUGCGGAAGAGAGUCGGGCUUCCUGCGAAAUUAAAAUAAUUAGAGUCCAAAUAAAAGUUGCUCGCUGCUAUAGUAUUUGUAGGAAAUUUACUGUCACAAUUAAAAUAUCUAGCAUUGCUGUUAACUUUUGUUUGCGUACGGCAGAACGUUAUAAAAGUUGAACAAACCGUGUUUGUGUUACAUACGCAUAACUAGGUGCCUAAUUUCCAUAUCAUGUUGUGCCAACCUUUUUUAUAUUAUUAUAUUACUUAAAUUAUCUUAAUUAAUUUGAUCGUUACUUAAAUUUAUGCAUUUAUAUUAAUUUCCGUGAUGUAUUUAAUGUAACAAAGAGCCUUAGUUAAAAGUUUAGUUUUUAGAAUAGGUUAACGAGAAUUAUACUUUAAAUUUUGAUUGUAUUAAGAUGAUUUUUUGUUAGUUUUCUUGUUACAGAGUCAUAGUACUAACGGAACCGUGUUUUCUUACAACUCUAACAGUUUUGACACUGGUGUAUUACAUCAAGAAUGUAUUUCACAUCUCGCACUUACAAAACUAGCUACGAAUCAUUUUUUUUAC